AUGCAGAAUCCAAAAGAUAUAUUAAAAGAAAUACUUAUUUCGACGGGCUUUGGAGGCCCGAGAUACAAUAAACCGAAGGCGAAAUCUUCAAAUCCUCCUGCCGAGGCUCCCCUGCAACUACCUCCACUUAAAGAUGGACAAAAAUCACUCAGAAGUUUCAUGUCAAUGCUGUCCAGCCCAUUCAGGAGCCCGAAAUCAUUCGGGAGCCCAUCCGAGGGCCAGAGUAUGAAACUGGUUCUCGACGAGUCCCGUAACCCCAAAGAUGAGAAAUUAGUCGACUCUUUUCGCGAAUUGCUCUCUCAUGAGGGCCAAUUGCCUCAAAAACACCUCGACGAUCAUACUCUUUUAAGAUUCCUCCGUAUGCGAAACUUUGACUUUACAAAGGCAAAAUACGCAUUUUUGCAGCACAUCAAGUGGCGGGAGGAAUUUCGGGUCGACUCAAUCUUGAACGAGUUCAAAUACGAAGAACACGAAGACGUCAAAAAAUGCUAUCCUCAUGGAUUUCACGGUGUGGAUAGACACGGCCGGCCGGUUUACAUUGAGCGAAUUGGGAUGGUCGAUCUCGACAAGUUCCUUCAUGUAACCACCAUUGAUAGGUUCGUGAAGCACCAUGUGUACGAACAGGAGAAGACCCUGAAUUUGAGAUACCCUGCGUGCACAGUAGCCGCGAAGAAGCACAUAAACUCGACCGUAAGCAUCUUGGACGUGAAGGAUGUGGGGAUGUCAAAGUUUUCGAAACCAGCUAGGUAUAUAUUUAUGGAAAUUCAAAAAAUCGAUAGUAGCUAUUACCCCGAGACUCUGCAUCGCCUUUUCAUUAUAAAUGCCGGGUCUGGGUUUAAGGUGCUCUGGAAGGCCAUCCGAGCUUUUCUUGACACACGGACAUUAGAAAAGAUUCAAGUUUUGGGAACCGACUACCAAAAUAGCCUAAUCGAGGCUAUAGAACCGAGUGAACUGCCGAGUUUCUUGGGUGGUGAAUGCACGUGUUCCGAAUUCGGGGGUUGCCUUUUCAGCGAUAAAGGGCCGUGGAAAGAUCCUGAAAAUACUAAAACGCUUAAGGGAAUGCUUUUUACGGAUGAGCAUAAAGGUGCAUAUAAUGUAAAUUCGGCAGUAGAAGAGCCUUUGUUAGAAAAGAUUAAAGCCUUGGAGCCUGUGGUGGAGAAUGUGAAAGAAAAAAUGAGAAUGCUGGAAGUGACACUUGAGGAGACCAAGGUGGUUUUACAAGGACUUGCAAGACAGAUACAAGAGCUCAAGAGAUGA